AUGCCCAAAAAGCACCAGCGCUUCCAUUUCAAACCCUCCAGCCAGGCACACCACACUCUCGCGGGAUCAAAUAAGAAUGGCGUGCCUGGGGCAUCUGGAGGCUCGACAACCUCCGUCAACGAUCUGAUCUCCCACCUCCGUCGUACACAACCGCCGACUGCUGCGGAGGAUGGAACACCUCCCCGACAGCUCCAAUCAACCUUGACCCCGCGUUCUGUUCACCCAUCUCUGAGAAAUUUGCUGGAACUUCCUGAAACACACUCGCCGCGGCCUCGUCCCGGAGCUUAUCGCACGGCCAUAGGCAGUCGCCCGAUCCGUCCGACUGUGGGGCCUGCGACCCCCGAGAGUUGGCUUGCUAGGAAUACGAAUGAACGACCAGCUAGAGAAAGCUCGAGUGAUAUGGAUGGGGAUAUGGAGGCGAUUGUAUAUCGCCUGAAGAGACUUCCUGGUGCGACUUUCCCCGGCAAUGGAAAGCUCUUGCACCUCGUGCUUAAGAAAAUGGCGCUGAACUGGGCCUGGCAUCUGGAAUUCGAUGGUUUAUUCUUGUCCCAGUUACCGAUACAUGUGAAGGAGUUGCUCCUCAGCUACAUAGCUGUGUUUGCCAGAGGCCAACCUCUGAACGGACACAUGAAGGGCCUAAAGCCGCUCUUCUUAACCCAACAAGAUCACGCCCAGGUCACCGAUGAAGUUGAAUUCGAAGAAGAGAACAUAGUCGACAGGGAUUCUGGAAUAGUUCGACUAGACCUAGGCGGCGCCAUCGGAAAUUGGAUGUCUCUCAAACAGCUGGCUAAUGAGUUGAUCGUCUCCAAGUCGUCUGGUUCAGGUGCCAUCGGUCAUGAGAAAGAGGAGAACAUCCCGAGUUCAUGGGACGAAGAGGUCCACGAUCACAACGAAAGCUCUACGGCCACAUCCUCAUCGAAUACUGCUCAUAUGCCUUCGAUUCCAAAGGAGCUGACUCAAGCGAUGCGCUUCGAAAACCUCCGGUUCCUGUCACUGGCACACCCGACCCCAGCCGCUGCAAGCUGGACAUCCUUGAUCAGUUUGAUGUCUCGUUUAACAACGAUUACUCACCUCUCCCUGGCGCAUUGGCCUACCCCAACCAGAACACCAGGUGCUACAAAUGCUCGCAUCCGUCAUCCACAAAUCCACUCUUUGACUUUCAGUUACAGCGGCACAGAUAACUAUGCCGCUCUGGAGAACAAUUGGGCCGAGGCUGCAAGUGUCCUCCGUCAACUAUCCCGAUCUACCUACUGCCUGAAAUGGCUAGAUCUUGAGGGUUGCGCUCCCUGGCUUCCGGCUUUGAACUGGGCUGGAAAGGAUCCGGAUGGCGUCCCGUACAGACCUGGUGCCGUGGGUCCAGACUGGAAUGGCUCAUGGCGGGAUGUUGAAUGGAUCAGCCUAGCCCCUGGCUGGAUUCCAAACCUAGUUGACGAUAAAGACAUGCUCCAUGCUUCAUCUCGAGUAGUUCAGACCCCAGACCCGGCAGAUCCCCCUUGGCGUGAGGAAGAACAGCGUAAUGCUCGUCGACUAAAGAAGCUCGACGCAUACCGAGAGCAAUUCCAAACUGCGUUAGCUGCGCGAAAGAAUCUCCGCAAUAUCAGAAAAGAAGGCAAAGGGAAAUGGCUUCAAGUAUCACUUGGGCUGGAUGAUGUUGAUCACCAGAUUGUGAAACAGCUGGUUGGGCAGGAUUACGCGCUUCAUGAAUGA